GCCUGGUCGUCGUCGCCAUGUCCCAGUUCGCAUGCUUCCGCUGCUGCAGGCCUCUUUUAGCGAUCUGAUCCCUGCUGUGCUCCGCUGUCUCUGUUGUGCUCAGCGUGAUUUUUGGCCUUCCUUGCUUGGUCAUUGCACCUCUGUAUCAUUGCUCUGCACUUUCCAGGCGCUUCUGCAGUUUCGAGUGGCGGCAGAUGCCUCGUUUACGAAUGUGUGCAUUUGUUGGUUUUUAAGUGGAGAAGGAGGAAUCUGGUUACGGGUCGGUUGUUUUGAACAAGGUUGGAAGCGUAACCUUCCAGUGACGAGUUGGCUUUGGAAAGGCGAGGCACAUGUAUGGGAAGGGAAGUUAGUUGUUCCAGUGCGUCUCAUUUUGCGAUUAGGUCAGUGACGAGUGAGUGGAGGAGAAGAGUGGACUGGGGACGGCCGGCGGAGAUAUUGGUUUCGUAAUUGUGCAUGUUUGGUCAUAGGGAGACUUCUGUGAGUCUGUUUGCUGAGUGCGGUAGAGCGAUCUGAAGUAGCAGAACUGGGACGUUUGUUUGUUGAUUGAGAAGUGUAGUUAUGGUGUGUGUGGCGACUUGUCGGUGUUGAAUUUGCGUGAAUAACGACGGCGUGGUGUAGUUGCUUUCAUCUGGAAGUCGAAAAACGAGUGCGUAGCUAGCUAAUCGUUUGACGUUGUUUUAACGAGUGCGAAACACUGCGAGAACGUUGUGUCUAAUGUUUAGUCGAGAGAACCUUUUAAGCUGAUGAGUAGGGUGAUGCAUUCUACCGUGCUGUGAGUGGUAGCAUUUGGGAAGUGCACAAAGAGAUAAUCCGGUUCUCAGUACAGAAAUGCGCAUUGUCAUGGAAGGUUAUGGGAUGUUUGUAACGCUUAGGCCACUGGGAAGAAAUGAGAAACAGUUUGAAUAACAAUAUUUCGUCAACGUUGUACGCAUUUCUCAUCUGAAGACGAGUGAGCCCUGCGUCGAAGCUUGUGAUAAAGAGCACUUAACUAAUGCUUUGAAAGAAAGUCAUGGAGCCCCGCCCGUUUAUCAGAGUGGCCGUGUGUGGCCUUGGCCUCCGUAUUCCGGUUUCUUCAAAGGCGUCUCGAGGGGGUGUACAUGCUGCCGCAUCUCCUUGUUACUGUGAGAUAAGUCUACCAAAUUUCCCCUUGGAAACGGUUCCAAUUCCGCUGAUAGGUUCCACUACUUCUACUACAGGGCCGGAUAGAAACAAUACUGCAGCUAGUUUUUAUCUGGAUGAGUCCGCACUGGAGAAAUUGUUACUACCUUCAUGCAUGCGAAGAAAGAUACCUUGUCUAGCUGCAGCAGUGUAUUCUGGAAAACAGAAGCUGGGUACAUUUCGGUUGCCCGUAGGGAUCGAUUGGGCUGAAGGAAAACGCGCAGUGCUAUACAGUGGUUGGACUAGCAUUGGAAAUGCGAAGGUUGAUGGGGGUAAACCAGGUGCAGGCGCAGAGCUUCAUGUCGAAGUGAGAGUAGAGGUAGACCCUCGGUACAUGUUUCAGUUUGAGAAGGUGACGGCAUUGAGUCCUCAGAUCAUCCAGGUGUCCAGCAAGAACAAACAAUCAAUCUUUAGCUGCAAAUUCAGCCGCGAUAAGUUAUCUCGUUGCCGAGUUGGUACUAGUGAUAUCUCGUCAAGCAGUUCUUCAUUAGAAGGUAGGGAGAAGCGGAAGGAGAGGAAAGGGUGGCUUGUCAUGAUACACGACCUGUCUGGGUCUCCAGUUGCAGCGGCAUCCAUGGUUACACCCUUCGUGCCGUCAGCAGGAUCUGAUUAUGUCGCCCGUUCGAAUCCAGGAGCAUGGUUGAUUCUGCGUCCGGAGUCUUCUGGCGCUGAUAGUUGGAGACCUUGGGGCCGCUUAGAGGUUUGGAGAGAGAGGGGUGGGAAGGGUAUGGGUUCUCGGUUCAAGCUUAUGGCUGAAGGUGGAGGGGUGCCAGGCGUUGGAAGUGGUGUGUUGAGUUCGGAGACCUUCCUGUCUGCUAAGAAAGGAGGAGAGUUUACUAUUGACGCUAGGAGGUUCAAGAUGGAGGUCCCUUCUGGAACUUCUCCAGCGGGGGUUUCUAGAGCAAGCAGUUUGAGCCCAAAAAGCAGUGGAGAGCUGUACUCCGGUUCAGGAUUACAUGGCGUGGGAGAGUUUGUAAUGAGCUGUGGAGUGCGAGGUGAUAGAGACUCCACCAAACCGUUAGUACAAGUGGCCAUGCGUCAUGUUAGCUGUGUGGAAGAUGUUGCUGUUUUCAUAGCACUUGCAGCUGCUAUGGAUCUGAGUGUCGAUGCUUGCCAACCCUUCAGGCGUAGGCUGCGAAAGGAGCUUUCAGAGGCCUUGUCCUCUUCCUGAAAUGUGGAAGACAUGAUUUUUGGUAGCUACACUUAGAAGCAGACGCUUAGAUGCCUGCACCUAGUGUCAUUGAAGUCGAGAUUACUUGCCCCCUCCUGGUAUUAGAUAACUUGGGCGUUGAGAGCUUCGUUUAAGUUUGAGAACCUGGUCAGACUACAUGUGCUUUGACCUUUGUAUUUAAUUGUAAUUGUAGGGGCGUAGGGUAGAGAAAUACCCCUUUUGUGGUGUAAAAUAGUGUAACCAUGGUUAUUUACAUGAAGGCUGCUGUGCCCAGGCCUUCUGUAUUAUACAAAUGGUAACUCUUAGGGUUCAUGACUGAUGCUCAGCCCUCAGCACUUGCAUGUGUCCCCUGAAAGUCUUACCUCAACUAAUAGAUUUAACAGAUCUUCAGGUUUUGAGUUGUGGAAUUGGAAGCAGCAUUUCCAAGCAGAAUGGAAGUCAACCACAACGAACUAACUCUAUUGACUGGUCAGUGAAUCAAUGAGAUAUUAUAUAUUUUCUCA